AUGAAGAGGUAUUUAGAAGAAGUAAAAUACCGAAUCAGCGACCUCGAAGUCAAAUUCAUUCAAAUCUCAAGGGAAGAAAACGAAUGUGCCGAUCAUCUAGCAAAAGCUGCAUUAGCUGAGUUUAUGCUUGUCCCCGAACAGGUAUUAUCAUUCGUUCAACUCUCCUCACUUAUCAAUGACGGAAUAAGUAUGCAGGAAGUAGACUCUGAAUGCAAUUGGACUACGCCAUUAAUAUUCUACCUAAAAACUGGUGUGUUACCGGACGAGAAGGGCGCCGCAAGAAAGUUGAAGGUCCAGGCAUCACGGUACGGGAUACCCAGAGUACUGGUCUCUGACAAUGGUAAGCAAUUCGACAACAGCGCAUUCAGAGACUUCUGUUCAGAGCUAGGGAUCAAGAAUCACUACUUGUCUCCUGCACACCCACAGGAAAAUGGGCAAGUCGAAGUCACGAACUGGUCCUUGCUCAAGAUAAUCAAGACACAGCUUAAGGGGGCAAAGGAAGUGGGGCUCACAAGCUACCGGGUGGAGAGCUACAGUGAAGAUAGGAACAAAGAGGCCAUGCGCCUCCAGCUCGACCUAGUGGACGAAGUCAGAGCGGUAGCAGAGCAACGGUUAGCGCUUUAUCAGAAUCUCAUGGCAAAACACUACAACACCACAGUGGGGCAUAGGGACUUCCAGGUCGAUGAUCUUGUACUACGGAAAGUAAUGGGUGUCGCUAGAGAUCCUUCGCAAGGAAAGCUUGGCCCCAACUGGGAAGGACCCUACAGGAUCGCAUCAUGGCAAAGGAAGGGGACCUACCACCUCGAGACAAUGGACGGACAAAAGUUGCAGCACCCUUGGAACACGGAGCAUCUACAGAAAUACUACCAGUAG